UCUGCUGCUCGCUCUCACGCAAAACCAGCAGCCAAGUAAACAAGACAGAGACAGAAAAAGACUUGUUCCUUCCUCUCGGCGGGGGCCUUUGUUCCGCCUCCGUUUGUCUUAUUGAGCAUCCCACUGACCUACUGGAAAUCAAUGGACCAGACCUUGUAUUCUCCAGAAAGCCCGUAGACCUGUGGCCAUCCUGUGAGCUUCAAGUCCAUCAGCCCUGCCCUGCAGAGACGGACCACCACCACUCGAGGAGAUGAAGCCGGAUGGGGUUGCCACGGCAGCAAUGGAGCCAAUGGAAGCAUUGGAUUCCAAUCCAGGAAAUGAGGCAGCACCCGCCGUAGGACAGGAGCCCAACCAGGCAGCCAGUCCGGCGGAAGAGGAGACACCACAGCAGCAUAUAGGAGAUACGGUUCAGGUGGAACCUCAGCCCGAACAGGCCAAGGAAACCCCAGCUGCUAAGACUGACAACAAGUCCUCAGGAGACUCCAAAGCCAAGACUCCAAACAAGGCCACGGCCAAGACAAAACCUUCCUCCACCACCCAAACCAAGACCACAACUGGCUCACGGCCCAACACAUCCCAGAGCCGCGUCUCGAACGGCACGUCGAAGCCUCAGACCAACGGAGUGGCUAAGAAAGCCGCGCCCGCUCCAGACAAAAAGAGCACCCUGACCGCAGCGCCCGCCAAAAGACCAACAGGCACGGCUGGAGCGCCGCCCCCCAAGAGCAAAGUGGGUGAGAAGAAGUCCCCCGGUGCCGCCACCACCACCGCCAGUUCUGCAAAGCCGCUGCCUGGACCAACCGCAGCCAAGAAGACGCCGUCCUCAUCUGCAGCUGGUGUUAAAACCAGCGCCACCGCAGCUGCUGCGAAGAAGCCCAUAGGUCCAAAAUCGGCUCCUCCCUCCAAACCGGCCACUGCUGCCGCACCUAAGCCUGAUAAGGCCGCUGUUUCCAAGACAACCAGGCCAACAACCACCACUCCAGCGUCCUCUCGUCCAGCCACAGGCGUAACCCGGCAGCCCCUUGCAAGUGCAACCAAGAGCUCCCCCGCUGCAUCCAAACCUCCCACUCCCAAAACCCCGUCCUCCGCUGCUAAGCCGGCUGCCGCCAAACCAAACUCCUCUGCCCCCUCUGCUGGCAAAGCUCCCACAUCACAAACAUCCAGAAACUCAACCCCUGUGAAGAAAGAUGUUACCAAACCAGCAAACUCACUCAAGAAGGCUGCAGACUCUCCCCUUACCCGCACCCCAAUUACUACAAAGCCCGCAAAAUCUGAGACCCCCAAAUCAGCCUCAAAAUCAGACACCACCACCAAAAAGCCUGCUACUACUACCCCCAAGUCUGUGGACACAAAGACACCCAGCCGCCCAAAACCACAAGAGAGUAAGCCCACACCUUACAAGACGCCUAUCUCCAAAACUGCAGCCAAGACCCCCACCCCCAAGAAAACUGUGGGCAGCAGCACCCCGACCCCUGUGAAGCGUGGCCCCAAAGCAACAACAGUUGCCAAACCUGAAAUGGAAAUUGCCGCAGCUGUAGCUGCUGCUGCAGCUAUUGCUACGGCUGCAGCUGCCAUCGCCGUGCCAGAGGAACCAGAACCUCUCGCCGAAGUAGCUGUGGAGCUGACUGCUACAACUCCUGAAGCAGUACAAGAAAAAAUCUCUGAGCCCAUAGCAAAACCAACACCAGAACCCAUUCGAGAACCAACACCAGAACCCAUUCGAGAACCAACACCAGAACCCAUUCGAGAACCAACACCAGAACCCGCUCGGGAACCAACACCAGAACCCAUACGAGAGGAAACACCUGAGCCUCUAUAUGAACCAACACCAGUACCUGUAAAACAACCAUCUCCAGAACCCCUUGUAGAACCACUGUCUCAGCUGUCAUUAGAGGAAGAACUAGGAGCCGAUUCAUUCCAUGAUCAAGCCUCCAGUGUUCCCGUGUCGGCCCAGAUGGACCUUUUCAAAUUUCAGGAGUCGGUUCCUUCCUUGGGAACUACUGUCAUGUCUCCUCCUUGCUCCCCACCAGGCCCAGUUUCCCCAGUCAGAGAGCCACAGAACGCUUCCUCUGGGCUGGACAUGCACUUUCAGUCUGACCCCUGGGCCAAGAACCAGCACUUGGCCUCUUCUGACUUUGCUUCAGAGAGCACAGUCGGCAUGAUGAACUUCCAGACUGAGGAGAGGGAGAAUAAGGAACGAUUCACACAUGAGACAAGGGAGGAAGAAGAAGAAGAAGAGGAGGAGGAGGAGGAAGAUGACGAAGAGAAGAUCAUGUUUAUGCCUCCCUCCACAGCUCCAUCUGCAGAGGCCUUUAAUAUGAUGGCACAACCCCCCUUGUUGGUUGCCUCGCCCCUGGACGAUUUCACCCCCAGGGACCUGACCUCCCCUCAUGAAAAGGAGGAGGCAGUGGAAAAGGCUGAUGAAGAGAUCAAUGAGGAUGAUGACGAGGAGGAGGAGGAUGAAGAUGAGGAACAGAGGAGACUAGGCCAUCAGCCUUUAUCCUUCACCACUGACAUGAGCACUUCUCAGCCCUCUGAGGAGUUCCAAGUCCGCUCCUCAGCGUUUGGCGGUUCCGCGGGCUGGCACGGCGACGACCUCCUGUCUGGGAUGGACUCGGAGGAUGUGAGCAGCUGCACCAGCAGCCGGCAGCAGGGAGUCUCUGACCUCAGCAGCACCCAGCACACGGCCAUCUUAGAGGGCACCCAGAGCUCGGAUGCCAUGAUCGAUUCAAGCCUCCGUGGCUCCGAGGGAGAUGGUAAUCUCAUGGGUUCCCCCAACGUGGAAACCCUGGCCAAUGAAGAAGAGGAGGACGAGGACGAAGAGGAUGAGCGGGUUGAUGAUAUGGACUUAAGUUCAGAGAGGAUAGAGGAGCGUCACAAGGUGUUCCAGCAGCAGGAGCAUGAUGAGGAGGACGAUGAGGAUGUAGAGAUGCACAGUGAAGGUGUGACGGAGAGCUGUGGAAACGUAGAUGAAGAUGACUUCAAUGAGGAGGAGCAUUUAGACAACCUCAAUCGCUCUGUUCCUCCCCCCUGCAAGCCCCCAGCCGCCUCCUGGGGCCAGACCAACCCUUUCGCUGAUACCUGGGGUCAACCAGCGUCCCUGCUCUCUGUCUCCUCCCCCAGCCCGGUGUCCGACCACGGGGCAGCUGAAUCUGAAACACCAACUCAGUCUCCUGCCCAGACAUGUUUUGACGGCGGUGCCCCUUCCUUUGUUCCUCAGGCAGAGCCCCAGCAGCUUCAGUCAGCCCACGAGGAGAUGAAGGGCUCCGAGGAGGCACAGGACCUUCUUGCUGGCCCGGCUAUGGGCAUGUCUAAGAGUGGCACAGGUCUGUCUGCUCACGGCAGCAGUGAGACGAGCACGCCAGAAGAACUCCGUGACUACGACAGCAGCUCUGGGGUGGAGUCGCGCUCUGACAAGCAGCACACCCCGGUGCCUGCUUCAGUCCAGCCUGACAUGGAGCAGGACCUGGGUAUCCACUUGGAGAAAGGUGAUGGAGAAGAGGAGGAGGCUGAGACGCUCCCCGCCGACGAGGUCCUAGGAACAGGACCCCCAACUGCUCCAGCAUCCGCCCCUUCUUCCCCCUCCACCUCGGGAGACGAGGCCAGUGAUACGGAGGGUGAGAUGCAAAUAAACGACCCAGACGCACCGAUGAUGAUGGAUGAGAGUGCUGGAUUUGAAAGCCCUACUCCAACCUGUAAUCUGCCAGCUCUUGACGAGGAUGAGGAGGCAGCAGCUGCUGGAGACGGCGAAGAGGACGGAGGCGGGGCCACUCCCCAGUCGGCCCACUCUGUGGCGUCUUAUGGCUUCGACUGCACCACAUCCAACUCCAACGCCCACUCGAUGGCCGAGAGCUGCGGAAAGAGCCCGGGGAUCUUCUCCCUGGAGAACGAGGAGCAGCUGCCCGAGGAGGCCAAGGACCCCUCCCUUAUCAAGGAGCUGACCCUGCCAUCAGCAGCCGCGGCUGCCUACGCAGACGACCUGCUGGGUAGACCUGUGGACCUGAUGCCUCUGGGCCUUCCAGGAGGAAUGGCGCCCAGCCUAGAUGAGCACCACUACAUGCUGGGUGGAAAGGUCGCAGCGGACCACCUCGGGGAGGUCGAUCCAAUGGGGUCCAGUCGCCACUUCGGGGCCCAGGAAUCCGGAGACACCGACGAUAGCCAGCCACCGUACUACUCAACCAUUUGUGAUAAGACUGAUAGUUUUCUUGCAGGAGACGAGAAGAGAGAAGAAGCCGAUGGAGCCCACAAGGUUCAAGCCCACUCCCAGGAAGACAACCAGAACCAGAACCACACGACCCCCGGUCCUAUAGCCAACGGCCACUACUUGGCGUUGGUCCCGGGAAACAGGAGGCCCAUCGAUCCGAGUCUUGCGGCACAUUUUGCCAACAUUGCGCCCCCUCCUCCUUUGAUAGACACCAGCGGUGAUGGGCGCGCUGGUGGAGAGCAGCUGAGGAGGCUGGAGGAGCACCAACUGAAGCUGAGGGAGAUGCAGCACCGGCAGGAGCAGGAGAGGCAGAAGAGGCAGUGGCUGGAGGAGGAGCGGCUGAGGCUGGAGCAGCAGAGGCAGCUGGAGAUGCAACGCAAGGAGCUCCUGCAGCUGCAGCUCCAGCAGCAGCAGCAGGAGCACCGCCAGCGCAGGCAGGUUCUUCAGUGGCAGCUGGAGCUGGAGCAGCAGUACCGCAUGCAGCAGAAACACGUCCAACAGCAGCAGCAGCUGAGGAGGAGCCCGACCGGAGUCAUGCUCUCCCCGUCCUCGGGCCUCUGCACCAUCUAUGAGGCCAUGGAGACCAGCGACGAGGAGGACGAGGCCAGAGGAGACAACAGGAACAAACAAGUGGUGGGGAGGAGCCCGCCGUCCGCCCAGGAGUUCAACAGGCAGCUGCGCCCGGUGCCUCCACAGGAGCUAGAGUGGAACAAGAAGGUGGACAUGGUGCAGCAGCUCAUCAACCAGACCUUGAUGCUGUCCGGGGACGGAGGCUGCCCACCUCUCCUCCUCCUCCCCGUUGGGACCGGGGGAACCCUGAGCCCCCUGGAGAGCAGCAUGUGGCCCAACAUGCUGCCACAGUUCAGCCCCCCCGUCGCUACAGUCACCUCCGUCAGCAGCUACUCCCCAGACAGUCAGGGCAGCUCCCCCCCUGGAGACUGGACGGUGGUGGAGGUGGAGACUCAACACUGAGGAAUCAACAGGUCCAUCAACCACUAACAGAACAUUUAGAGAAAUGUGCUUAUUCGCUCUCCGGUGGAGAAUUGGAUGAGAAGAUUGAUUCCACUCUGCAUGGACUAGUCUUGCAGCUAGUUAGCUUAGCAUACAUACAUACAUAUAUACUGGCCACCGCCACCGAACAAAUAGUAACUUUUACACUUCUGUUUUCAUAGUGAUUAAGAAACGUAUAACGUCCCCUUAUGAAACCACAUGUAAAUAAACGAUCAUGAUCUGCAGCAAACACUCUAAUCAGUCCAUUUUUCAUCAAGAUCCAUAAAUUAUUCUUUAAGAAAACAAGGAAAAUGUAGAAAAAUUGUAAUGUUAAACAACCUGAAAAGAAAACACAACGUCCACAGUAAUAGCACCUUGUUUGUUUCCUUCAGAUCCACAGUAGCUGUUUCUUCAUUUCCAGCCGUUAUGCUAAGCUAACAGCCAGAUGUGGGCGAGGGAUCGAUUCUCUCACCCAAGUCUCCACUGGAGAACCAGCCAAUGAGCACAUCUCCCAAAAUGAUGACCUCUUCCUUCGAUCAUGGAAAUGCAACGAUGCAGCCAAGACUGAAAUUAGUGACCGAUUUGUGUCGAUACUGAAAACAACACAUCACACAGAGCGGUCGGAUCUAAAGACAUUCUUAUUCUUAUUAUAAGAAACACACGGUGUCAUUGGUCAGUUUCCCAGACGUGCAGAUGUUUCCUCACCAGAUGUGUCUCCCUCUGUAGCUGCUGCAGAAACACUGCUCCUGUGUUUUCACUCUUUACACUGAAGCCACACGUUGCCCCCUCCUCACACGAGGGAUCUUACGAUGCUAUGACAAAUUGCACUUGUUGUUUCUUCUGUUUUUCUGUCCGGGCCCAUGUGUUGACACAGGUAAGUGGCCGAGUUGUAAAGCAUAUUUCAAACAACCUGUGUGUGUGUGUGUGUGUGUGUGUGUGUGUGUGUUGUGUGUGUGUGUGUGUGUGUGUGUGUGUGUGUGUGUGUGUGUGUGUGUGUGUGUGUGUGUGUGUGUGUGUGUGUG